UCCUAUAAGGAUGUAAUCGUUGUUUGUUUGGAUGAUGGUUGCCCAUAAAUUUUUAGAUAACUUUUUCAUUUAUCACACAUUUGGUCAAGGACCACGGAUAUCAACACAGAGGUUAUAAAGUGCAACCCACGAUUAAAAAUUUCGUAGUACAAUAAAAUUAUUGAUGCAGAAAAUGGUUUCAAAAGUUGUUCUCUUAUUAAUGUUGCUGUUUAGAAAUGUGUUCCUUAGCCCUAGUGAAACUGAUGACUUUGCGGUGGUUUUUACUAGCAAAAGUCAACCAAAAUUUCAACCCACCGUAAACGAUCCUUUCUUUGUACGACUGGAAUUACUAUUAGAAAUAAACACUACACUGGAGGCAUUGAAAGAAUCCGUAAAUAACCUGCAAAACAUAAAGCGGGAAAUCAUCGAAGAAGUCGAAAACGUGGUAGAAGAGAAAAUCAGUAUUUACGACGCAGAUCUAAAAGAAAAAUUAUCGCAAACAAAAACUGAAAUUGUGGCUGAAACAAAAGAAAAUGUUAGAUUGCAAGUAACAGAAGCGAAAAAUGAAAUCCAAGAAAUGAAAACGGCGCUUCAAAACAAAUUCAAAAUUUGUGAUACAGAACUAAAAAAUGAAUUGGAUAAAACUAAAAAGGAAAUCCUCGCUGCAACAGAACAGCAGCUAAGUCUAGCAAAGAAUGAAAUAUUUAAUAGAAUAGCCGCGUCAGAAACAAAAUUAGCCAUUUCCAAAAAUGAAAAUUUUAUUUCAAACUCAACUGUUAUCACCCAGUUUAAAGAAAUGGAAGCUAAUAUGUUUGGCGAACUGAACGCAAUAAAAAACCACUUGGUUUCUAUAGACGAAACAGAAAAAAGUGUCAAGGAACAACUAGUACAAACGAAGAAUGAAAUGAUUGACCAAAUGAAGGCACUAAGAGAAUGCGCAGAGUCGGUUCUUCCCCAAAACGAAAAACAACCAGAAGGACCACAGUCAAAUUUGCAAAUUCAUUUCGAAAAAACUCAACUUAAAAAAACGCAGGAAGAAACUGAAGUUCAACAAUUUAGAACGGUACCGGGUGAUUGCAGGGAAAUUCAGAAGGAGGGGUAUAACACUUCUGGUACGUAUCGUAUCCAGCCAAAAAUUUCCUUGGAAAAUUUUUUGGUUUGGUGUGACAUGUCAACUAAAGGAGGUGGAUGGACUUACGUUCUGAAUAGAUUCGACGGUUCCCAAAAUUUUUAUUUAAGUUGGGCUGAUUAUAAGCAAGGUUUUGGUAAUCUUUCAGGAGAACACUGGUUGGGUUUGGAUCAUGUUUACGAACUGACGAACAGCAAACCUACCGAGUUGUUAUUCGAACUAAUGGACUGGGACUCGAAAACAGUUUAUGCUUUAUACAGCAGGUUUCAAAUUGGCAGCGAAGCCGAAAACUAUCAGAUAAAAACUUUGGGGCUGUAUAAUGGAAAUGCUGGAGAUUCUUUCCGGGGGCACAAUGGUGUAACAUUUAGUACCGUCGAUAAUGACAAUAGUCCCAGCGGCGUGUGUGCCGCUACAUAUGAUGGUGGCUGAUGGUAUAAGAAUUGUUAUAAUGUACAUCUUACUGGGAAAUAUGUGAAAAACCCUACGCCUGGAACACACUAUUUUUCAGCAAUAAAGUGGUACCAGUUUCAUGGCUAUAACUAUAGUCUCAAAGAAGCAAGAAUGAUGAUCAGAACGAUUUAAGUUAGUUUGUCCCAACACAACUAAUUCUUGGUUUUUACAUUUUGAAUAAAAAAAAAUUGGUCAAAAGUUGUUUCGACAGAACUUUCCUCGCACCUAAAGUACAAUGAAACAUAUCCAGCAUUUUCGAGUUAAGUUUUUCCUUUACACGAUUUUGUGAUGACGUCAUUAACAUUUUUGAAAGGACACAUAUAGUCUAGUCACUUUAGCAUAAAAUAGGGACCAACCUCGGAAUGAGAGAUAAUAAGCUGAAUUUUUGUAUGUACCUUAAUUUUGGCGUUCUAAAAGUUGUCUCUAAAAUCUCAUAAAAUCUCGUGUCUGCGUCGUAAGUUAUUCAAGGUCAAAAGUGAAAAAUAAGAGUUUUUCGCGAUUAUCUCGGUUUCUAUUGCUCCAAUGAUGUUAAUGUCUAUUAUAAUAAUUGUAGAACAUACAAUUUUGGACAAGUUUUAUUUGAAACAUUUUUUGAUGCGCUUAAUCGUUUUAGAGAAAGAGGGCAGGGAGUUUCUUCAUUCUUCAUCUAGAGUUCCUUAGAAGUCUUAGAACACAUCUUCAGGAAGUGUUCGAAUCGGAAUUGACUUUUGCUUUUCUGUACUGAUGCCCAUCGAAAAGUACUAGUGUGCCACCUUUUUGCGAUACGAUUUUCUCCAUGUUAAGUCUGAAAUUAAGAUGGAUGACGAACACCACAAAUUUAUGACAAUAUUUUUAAAUACUAAUCUUUUAUAACUAUUUUGGUGGUAUAACUACCUACCCUAGAACAAAGUGGAUUGGUAAGUAUUUUUAGGUGGCUCAAAAAAAAAUGAAUGAGUCAACUUUAUUAAUUAAAUCAGGAACGGCGCACUCCAUUUUUCCAGAAAUCCACUGCACCGAUCCAAAUGAUAUACGUAAAGAAAAAACUCAACUCGAAAAUGCUGGAUAUGCUUCAUUGUUCUUCAGGAGCGAGGGAAGUUCUGUCGAAACAACUUUCGACCAAUUUUUUAAUUUUUCAGUUUUUGGACAUUUCAGUUUUGGGAUUUUUCAGUUUACUUGUUAUUCAAUUUUUCGAUCUUACGAUUUUGCAGGUUUUUGAUUUUUCAAUUUUUGGAUUUUUUUAAGGCUUCGAUAUUUCGACUUUUUUGAUUCUCAAUUUUUCGAUUCUUUAGAUUCUCAGUUUUGGGAGUUUUUAGUUUUUCGAUUCGUCAGUUUUUCUUUCAUUUUUCAGUUUUGGGAUUUUUCAAUAUUUCUGUUCUUCGACUUUUUCAAUUUUGAUUUCUGAAGUUUACAUAUUUCAAUUUUUCAAAUGUUUCGAUUUCUUAAUCUUUCGAUUUUUCGACUUCCCGGUUUUAGAUUUUCU